AUGCAACAACUAAAGACAAAAAUAAAGCCCCCUUUUUUGUUGGAUGGGGUGUCAGCUGCUAGAAGAGGAAAGGUGCUCGAUUACAAGCCUGAGAAGGAUAUCCAUUUGGAAUAAUACUACUUUAAUAAGAAAGUGAGAGAACAAGUGAUCAAAAUGAAACAAGAUAGGAUGAGUCAAAGAAAUCUGGCUCCUCUGCAAUCAAAGUCUUUUGAUUAAACUAUACAUCAACAAAAAUAAACUUAAGCAUUAAAUUAAUCCAGCUCGCCUCAGCAUUAGACAGCUACUAAAGUCUCCAACACUCAAAAAGUUCCGAAUGUAUCAAGAUCAUUAUCUAAAGAACAUUUUGUAACAUUUCUGGAUUCUCUUAUUACAACUGUACAGAAUGUUUAACAGUUAGUAAUUACAUAUUUUCCUUAAGAUUAAAUGGACAAUAAAUUAUCGAAAUAGCAAGAUGAAUUACGUAAAAUUAGUUAAGCAACUGAAUAACUGAGCAGAAAAUUGCGUACAAAUUCUUUGGGUAGUAAAAAGGAAGUAGAGAAUGUCAAAACUCAAAAGAACUUUUCGAAAUUGCCUUAAAUCAAGAAGAGUGAGGGUCAUGUAAGCAAGACCUAAAGAGGAAGAGAACAAUAAUAUCAAAUCCAUAAUUAACCAACUAAAAACAUCACUACUACUGCCUCAAAAACUCUAGAGAAAAAUCAAAAUAUUGAGAUACACGAAACAGACGAUCAUAAUUUUGGUUUUCAAAAUCAUGAAUCUGCGUAGGACAAUACAAUCAAAAAGAUCACUACAGAUAAGCCUGUGGAUCAUAUCUAAAGUCACAGAGAGCCUGACACUUAAUAAUAAAAGUUGCUAUAAAUAAGAUCAGAUUAAACAACUUAACUUCCCUCCUUCAGGAGUUCAUAAUAAAAACCAGUUUAUUAGUAUAAGAAAUAUCAUAAAGAAAUUCAAUUAGUCUUAACCAAACCAAAAUAGCAUAAAAAUGAAAUACAGUUAGUUUCACAAUCUCCAGAAUAAUACAAAAGCAAAAGCGUUAAUACUAAGGACUAUUUAUAGAAAAGUUAAUCAAGGAAUUUGAAAAAAUUGGAUUUCAAAAAAAUCACCUCUAACAAUAUUUCUAAAACUGAACAGCAAAAAUCUAAAAAAAUACUGGAUGGCUAGGAAGAUGCCAUUAAGAAAUCAAACACUCCUCCGAUUCUAAUUAAGAUCACAGAUAUUGACAAAUAACCUAAUGUAGAUCAGCCUAGGAAUGAGGUUUAAGUUGAAGUUGUUGAGGAAGCAGUUUAGAAUUUUUCUAAUGAUUCUGGGCUAUUUUUAAUUUAACAGUCCCAGAAUCAAGAAUAGACUCAAACAUAAACUUUAGAUGAGGAUAAGGGGAAAUUGAAUGGAACUGCAUUCUUCAAGAUUGUGGAAGAAGAAGAAAGGAAAGAGACUAUUGGGAAGAUGACUGAAAGCAAUGAGAUUUAAAGGUCAAAUGUAAAUGAAGAGGGGAAUAAAGUAAAAGAAUCUAAUGAUUAAGAAAAGCCAUAAGAAAAUGCUUUCAUAAUAAUGAUUCAAAAUUAAGUUAUUGAGAAUGAUCAGAAAUUGCUAAAAUAAUAAUAAACCAAUUUUAACACAAUUAAUGAUGUUGAAAAUGGGAGCUAAGUGUUAAUUAAGGCUGCGGAAUCUAUAGAUCCAUAAAGUGAUUAGGAUGUUGUCAAUCCACUGGAAGAUAGUGAGGACUAGCAAAGAGAUCAUUAGGAGAGCUUCUUGAUUACUACCUUGGAGUAAAAUAAUUAAUAAGUUAUUGAAUACUAGAAGGAAAAUUUUGAAUAAGAAUCAUGA